UAGGAUGGGUUACGCGAUCCCUACAUGAAAGCCUUCAAAAAGUGUCCGGUAGAAUUAGACAAAGAGAGAACGAGGUAGAGAUCAAUAUGCUACUGGGUAGAAAAAGACAGCUUGACCUGUAUCAGUCAUUAUUUCCUUUCUUCCGCCGUUCAGCAUAGCAUAGUAUAGCGUCAGUUUUAAUACAUUUUUACGAGGGAACGUAAAAUAGUGAAAUAUAAAACUUACUGAUCAUAUCAGCUUGAAAUUUGUAUUCUAAUAUAAAUAAUGAAGAUCAAUUACACUCUUUUGCCUCUAAAGAUGCAUCUUCUUUUCUUUAGUGCGGCUAUGGGUUCCAUUAAAUUAUAUGUACCAGUUUUCGGCAAGCAACUUGGUGUUUCGUCAUUAAUUAUGGGUAGCAUUAUCGCGAUUUUACCUAUUGCACACCUGAUUGGUAAAUUAAUACUCGGUUACGCCGCGGAUUAUUUUCUCGUCUGGAGAAAAGCGAUUUUUAUGGCAUUGUUCACCGUAACGGGUAUGUCUUUUGUUUUGAUGUAUUUUUUACCGGCUCUACCCGGUCCGAUACUACCGGACCACCAGUUCCAAAAUAUCUCUUGCGAGUCUUUACUGCCUUGCGAUAAGAAUCAUCAUGCGUUAGCAGUCGCAUCCUGUAACGGUACGAAAGACACAACGUGUCAUUGGAUGUGUGAAAAUAUGAAUUUUUCCAUGCGAUUAUCUUUUCAUGCAGCCGAGAAGGAAGCAAUCAUCUCAUCGGACACUACGUGCUUAUUAAAUAUUAACGAUACGUCAUUGUGUCGAAAAAAUGUAACAGCAAAUUAUAAUUGUAACGUUACAUGUGAUAACUUCGAGGACGAUGAAUGUCUAUAUACAUCUAUUACCUUUUGGAGUUUCUUUAUCUUGAUGUUUUUUGGUCAAGUUGGUUAUUAUGUUUCCUUGAGCGUAAACGAUACAAUUUGCUUCGACAUAUUAGGUAAAGAUGGACAAAUAAAAUUCGGCAAGCAGCUUAUGUGGAACUCAGUUGGUUUUUCUCUCACAACACUUCUAUCUGGUUAUACAAUAGAUUUGUGGUCGCGAGGGAAAGUCUACAAAACUUAUACACCGGCGUUUAUUUUCGUGCUCGUAUUCAUUUGUAUAGAUUUGAUUUGCUAUAGAAAAUUAAAGCUGCCACUGAUAAAAUCGCCAAAUAUAUUAAAAGAUGUAUAUAUAAUUUUGAAAUUGGUACCAAUUGUUAUAUUUCUAUGUACCGCUAUUUUUGCUGGAAUUUUUGAAAGUCUCGUAAUAAAUUUCUUUUUUUGGUACAUAGAAGAUCUUGCUAUGGAGUCUGGUUAUAUGAGUCAAGUUAAAUUAAUACAAGGUUUAACGACAUGCAUAGGUUUUCUCGGUAGCAAAGUAAUAUUCUUCUUUAUGUCUGGCAAUAUAUUGAAAAGAUUUGGAUACGGUUACACACUUACAUUUUGCUUUUUAUGUUACGCGAUGAGGCUAGGAUUUCUAUCCUUAGUGCCAACGCCAUGGCACAUAAUUCUGGUGGAGGUUGUCUUGCAAGGGCCAUCAUAUGCACUUCUUUACACAACAGUAGUAACGUAUGCGAACGUAAUUUCACCGCCUGGCACAUCGGCUACCGUUCAAGCAGUUGCGUCUGGAAUGAAGGAUGGUCUUGGAUAUUCGAUUGGUGGUUUCUUAGCUGGUUUUUUAAUUAAGACAGUUGGUAGUAGAAUGACUUUCAAAAUAUAUUCAGCGCUCGCAGGACUUUCUGCUAUAGGGUAUAUUAUACUUUAUACUGUAUACUUAAAACAUACAACAGUAGACACACGAAAUAACGUUGCAUGGAGAAAGCCAGACGAUGCGCGGAGACAAUGUGACGUAGACGAAAUUUCAUAAUUAUUUUGAUAAAUAAUAAUAUAUUAUAAAACAUUUUAAUUUUAACAUAUCUUGUGAUAUGAAAACUUAAUGCAAAUCAUUAUUUAAUAUUUUUAUCGGAGUACUGUAGUUGUUGUAAACACGUGGUUUAUACAUUAUCAUCAUAUCAAUUUUAAUUGCAAAUUAUUUUACCAAUAUAAAAAUUAUAUUUAUUUUCGUUU